AUGGAAGAACCAAAAAAUGCAGAUUUCCAGACGAUGCAGUACUGGGAUAAGCGCUACGCGAACGAAGGACCUGACGAGGACUUUGAUUGGUUUAGAAAGUAUAGCGAUAUUCGCGAAAUUAUCCACGAGCUCGUGCCGCAGCGGAGUAGCAGGAUCUUGAUGUUGGGGUGCGGAAACUCAACGCUAAGCAAGGAUAUGUUUGACGAUGGGUACACGAAUAUUGUGAAUUUGGACUAUAGCCAAGUGCUCAUCGAUAAAAUGCGGACGCGCUUCCGAAAGCUGGACUGGCGCGUCAUGGACGUGCGCACGCUGCGUGAAAACGCAGCGGUGCUUGGCGGCGCUGAGACGUGGGACGCAAUCAUUGACAAGGGUACCAUGGAUGCACUAAUGGCAGAGAAUGCGUCAGUGUGGAAUCCCUCGGAAGCAGUGCUCGAUAAUGUCGCGCGUGAAGUCGACGGCGUCCUCAGCCUGCUCAAACCACGCACGGGGGUCUUUCUCUACUUCACCUUUGGACAGCCGCAUUUUCGCCGGCCGCAUCUACAGCGCGACACAUGGGCUAUAGAGACCCGCGAGCUCGGAGAUAUGUUUCAUUACUACUUGUACAUCGGCCGCAAAAUGUAG